AUGAAUUAUUUAGGAACAAUGUCGAUACUAGACAGAGGGGAUGCCCCUGCCCAGGCUGUAAUAGAUAGAAACUCCAGGGCACUAGCCCAGAGAGUUGCUAAUGAAACCAAGGAAGAAUUGGAGAAAGUGAUGCAUAGAGUUGAAAAUAUAUGUGAGAAUUUUGAAAUGACCAAUGAAUAUUAUGCAGAUUUCGGAUCCAAUAUGGAAUUUGUCAGUGACAUUGCUGAACUGGCAGAACUACUCCAAGAUCAAGUAAAGAAGAAAAAGUAUCAAGCUCAAGUGACAGUAUUUAUUGUUGGUUUCCAAGAAGUUUCUACACAAAAACUCAAACUGUUACAGCAGGUCAAUGAGUUUUUCUUGGAUAGUAUAAGAAAUUUUGAAGAUGAUGUACCCAAUACACCAGACGUAGACUUAGAAGAUGUUACCCACAAAAUAGAUGAAUCCUUAGAUGUAGCUCGUGGACUAGCUACUCGUCUUGGUGAUAUUAAUCAAGAUAUUAUAGAGUAUCUUCUUAAUUAUGCUGAAAAUAAGGCUAAAAAUAAGGGAAGAAAGAAGCUUGAGAAGGCAUUACAAGCUGCUAAAGAUGAUCUUAGUAGUCUGAGUGAAAAGUUAUUAGGUGUACAAUCAGAUCUAGAAGAAAAAGAUGAGAAAAUGCAACAACUUUAUAAACAAUUAGAAAUUAAAACACUAGAGAAUCAAAAAUACAGAUCUGCUGCAGAAGUAGCUAAGAAAAAUCUGCUAGAUGCUGAGAAAUUAAAAGAUGAUAUUGUAAUGAGAGAUGAGAAGUUAAGAGAUAUGAGACAAGUUAUUAGUAGACUGGAGAUUGAUUUAACUCAAGCUAGACAUAGUCAUGAACAAUCUCAAAACAGGUUGGAUAAUGCUAGUCUGGAAAGUCAAUUUCUAAAACAAACAUUUUGGUUUCAAUAG